AGUGAGCAUUAACGUAGUCUACUCCAUAACAAUAAAUUCCAUUCGACUUUUUAUUUAAGGAAACGCGUAACGCUAUGUCUUCACUGCCAUCCAAGAGUUUUAUUGCAUAGUUUGAGUGAACAACAACUACCCCAACAUCUAUCUAUAUAGAAAUUCAUAAAAAAUAUAAAUUGAAUAUCAUUUGAUUAUACUCAAUUUAUCAGUGAAGCAGCUAGAGGAUGGCAUCGAAAGAGGACUCAGCCAAUGAAGCCGGUCAGCCCCCGAAGGACGACAUCUACGAGAACCGUCCUGUCGCGAAGAAAAUCAUCCGGAUAGUUACAGUGAUGGCAUAUCUAGUGUCAGUGAGUUUUGUCGCAAUAGUCCUAAGUAGCUACUACAUAUUCCUCUGGCACCCGCCCCCGGGGGGAUCGUUAAGCUUGAAGGACCCUCACAGCGAAUACCUGAUGGAGAGCCCUCCACAGAGACCUAAUAACAGAGCCAUCAGCGAAAUCAUCGAGAAGAUCAACCAUUUCAGGAAAAAUAACGUACGUCGAGGGCUCAACAGGACUACAUCACUUCACGAUGAAUCAAAGGAUGUGGAGAAUUUAACGAAAAUAAUAAACCGUAAUGAGAGCUACUGGCAACAUGCUGACACAUCGACGGAUGUUUAUCAUUCUAUCAGUGAAAAUCAACUGGACGGAUUUCUGAACGAAUCUGCAACGAAGCUGGGGGGCUUGAAAGAUGUCCCUGAGACGUCAAGUGAAGCUCCUUCGACGUCUGAAGGUCAAAAAUAUUUAAAUGCAAUCGGCACAACUGGAGGAGCUAACCGUGGUCGCGAUGAAGGGAAUGGGACUCAUGGAGAGGAUCCAGACGAGGGAGGAGUGGUUCAAGUGUCGACAGAUAGUGCAGAUGGUUUUAAUGGAACGAUGGAGACGAGCUCCCAGGAUAAAAGAGGAAUUCAAGAGAAGACAACUACGAAACCGAACACAACAGAUUCCCUAAUCAAACAAAAAUUGAUUUAUUCACCUGUUUACAAAGAGGAGGACCAGCGCAUCGAGAGGCUUACGGAAUUAGAAGCCUCCCUCGAUCCCUUGCCAACUAUCAACCCCACAAACUCGGAAUACGAGGAUAUCUCUGAAGAAAACGUUGAAGAACCCUUAGAUAUCGAAUUCGAUAGCAAUACCUUACCGCGUAGAUAAAUUCCGAGGUAUUGCUGAGUCGUUAGAAUUAUUGAUUCGUGUUAUAGUGGACCAAAAAAGUAAUAACUACUCUCGAAAUUGGUAACAUCAACAAUAAUUAGGAGAAAGAACUCAAUUUUUUUUUAUCAGAAAAUAUCUUCCAGUACUUAGUACCAAUUUUAUAGAUAGGAAAGAGGGGGGUACAAUGAAACAGUCGAAACAUAAAUAUUUAACGCAACUCAAGUAAAAAAAUUUUUUUUUGUUAAAUAUUUUUUUUAUUAACUUUUUUUUAUUCUUGAGAGUACUA